AUGUCAGUUGAUUAACAGAGCAAUUUAGCAAUCAAUUACAUGAAGUAAGAUUCUGAUAUGUCCGCAACAUCGAGGAGAAGAUGGACUUCAAAUGAAGAUGCUAUUUUAAUUUCAGCCAUUCAAAAAUAUGGAACAAAUUGGUGUUAGGUUGCCCAAAGCUUUUCAAACAGAAACCCAAAUUCUUGUAUUUAAAGGUGGAAAAGGAUGAAUGGAAAGAAUGUAAUUAUUAUCUUUAAAAGGGAGAAGCAAAAACUUUAGAAAUGGAGUUUAAAAGAUGAUUAAUUACUUUCAAAAUUAGUAGGUUUGUAUGGAAGAAAAUGGAAAAAGAUCUCAAAAUAUUUUACAUCUAAAACCAAUAAGUAAUGCAUGGAGAGGUACAACAAUUGCCUGAACCCAAAUCUAAAUAAGAACCCUUUCUCAUUAGAAGAAGAUUAGAUAAUUUAUGAAAAUUAUCUCAUCUUUGGUUCAAAAUGGUCAAGGAUUGCUAAGUGCCUCACUAGGAGAACUGUAAUAUUUAUUGUAUUUAGUCCAGCACAAUUAAGUUAAAAAUCGAUUUUAUACUCACAUACUUUCUUCUCAUCUAUAAUUAAUAAAUCCGUACUACACCAAACUACUCCCAGAAAGAGCUAAAGAAAUUCUAAUCGAAGUCAGAAAGGAACAUUAAUAAAAAUUAUUUUAGGAUAGUUUAAAAGAAUAAAAAGCUCAUUUGAUCUAAUCUGGUUUUGAUGUUGACUCAAUCUAAGUUGAACAGGAGGAUGAUUAUUCUAAUCAUCAUAGAUUUGUAUGA